GUGGAACUACGGCAAGUGACGAGCUCUGUCAACGCUUUGUUCGCUUAUUCUUUACCAGCGAUCCGCGAAAUCUGACCUGUAAGAAUAUAUGCAGCCGUGUGAUAAUUGAUUGAAAACUCAUUCGGCGCCACCUAUUUCUGCGAUACACCGAACGCACUGCAAACGUUAAGAUCCGCGCGAGCUGCUGUGCAACAGUCAACUUUGAGAAUGAGACAUCAUAGUCUCCUCCUAUUCUUCACCUCCUGUUUUCUGUGUGUCCACUCUCGCGAGAACGCUGAGCAUCAUGGACAACGCCCCAUUGACGCGCAUGCGGAUCACUUGUCAAGUCAUGGUCGCUUCGACAAAAACAUGGUCCAGGACAGAGACCACAUUAUGGAUCAUCUGGAGGGUGUGAUUCACAAACCAGAGAAAGACAUGUCACCUCAGGAACUUCAGCUUCACUAUUUUAAGAUGCACGAUUAUGAUGGCAACAACCUGUUAGACGGGCUGGAGUUGGCGACAGCGAUCACACACGUCCACAAAGAGGAGGGAGGUGAGGACAGCCAGUCAAUAGGAGAGGAAACGCUAAUGAAGCUCAUCGAUGAUGUUCUAAGGGAGGAUGACAAAAACAAUGACGGUUACAUUGACUACGCAGAGUUUGCCAAAUCAUUGGAAUAACAGAUCACCCAGCACCAUACUGUUUCCACUUUUUUGUCCACAACAAUGUCAUCAUGAAGCUGCAGAGGCCAUCACAGUGGUGCCCUGGAAGAGCACCAUUUUCUCUUUGGAAGGACCAGUUGAUCCUAGAAGGUAGCAAAUUAAGUUUUCCCUCCUUUCUGGAGCAGCAAAUCUGCCAAUUUAAAACGGCAAAACGGGCAAAGUACCCCUUUGAACCCAUGUGAGCAAAAGCUCUACAUUUUCCAUUCUUGUCGUUUCCUAAAAUUAGUGCCUUUUUAAAGGCUGAUUGACACAAAUCAUUUUUUCCCAGUCCCUUUGGAGUGGCUUGUCAAGGUUGCAUUGCUUGCUUCUUCCCAUAUGAAGAUGGGACAGUCGGGUUUCAUAAAACAAAAAAGUGAUAUGUAGUAGCCGUGAUUGCAACAGUUUACUGAAAGUUGUGUCUUGAUGAUGAUUGUCAAAUAAUUAUACAGUACGUAUGGGCCAAUGACUGUCUGCCUCGCUGUCUUCAUGCGGCUAUGCGGAUAUGUGACAGGAACCCGUCACAAUGAAUGUAACGCAGUGCCGUCCUGUGCAAUGCUUUCUCUCGAACGCUGGCUUAGACCGUCUGGUUGCUGCUCUUUGUUUGUAAACCUUUGAAGCUAAGCACGCACGUACACCCCCCCCCCACACACAC